AUGAAGGUCGCGGUCGGUCGGUUGUCGCUGUUGGCGAUUGUCUUCGGUUUGGUGACAUCAAGUCACAGCAGUCUCAUCAACAGAGCCCUCGCGCUGCCGGCGGAACAAAAGGACGCAUUGACCGCUACAAUUGGAGUCGGGGUUACACUUUGGCUGGGUGAUGGCGAGUCUUGCACCGCUGAAACUGUCACCCACACUGUUACGCAGACCGGAGAUGUUUCUGCAGCUGCCACCAAAAUCAUCACCGAGGCUACCACCUACACUAUAAGUGGUUGCCGAAAUGCCCACACUCUGAGUGCCAUUCCCAAUGUCGGCAUUGGACCCGUGGCCGUUGCUGCAAAUACCGCUAGGGCACUGCCCGGAAUUGCUCCCAUAAAAACGAUCACAGAUUACACAACCGAGGUGAUUACAGCGUGUACAUGCACAGCUAACUUGACUGUUACGACAACCACCUCCAGCGUACCUGUACCUGUGACAACCACCUCUAGUUUAUCGGUGACAUCCACAUCCAGUAUACCUGUGACAACCUCCAGUGUACCUGUGACAAUCUCCAGUGUACCUGUGAUAACCACAUCCAGUAUACCGGUGACAACGACCUCGAGCGUACCUACUACCAGCUCGAGUAUACCUGUGACAACCUCCAGUGUACCUGUGACAAUCUCCAGUGUACCUGUGACAACCACAUCCAGUAUACCGGUGACAACGACCUCGAGUGUACCUACUACCAGCUCGAGCGUGUCUGGCACAAUCACCACGAGCGUGUCUGAGACUACCAGCUCGAGUAUACCUGUGAUAACCUCCAGUAUACCUGUGACAACCACUUCCAGUGUGCCUGUGACAACUACCUCCAGUUUAUCGGUGACAUCCACCUCCAGCAUACCUGGAACAACGACCUCGAGCGUACCUACUACCAGCUCGAGCGUGCCUGGCACAAUCACCACGAGCGUGUCUGAGACUACCAGCUCGAGUAUACCUGUGACAACCUCCAGUGUACCUGUGACAACCACCUCCAGCGUACCUGGAAUGACGACCUCGAGCGUUUCUGACACUACCAGCUCGAGCGUGUCUGAGACUACCAGCUCGAGUACACCUGUGAUAACCUCCAGUAUACCUGUGACAACCACUUCUAGUGUGCCUGUGACAACCACCUCCAGCGUACCUGGAAUAACGACCUCAAGUGUACCUACGACUACUAGCUCGAGCGUUUCUGACACUACCAGCUCGAGCGUGCCUGGCACAACCACCACAAGCGUGUCUGAGACUACUAGCUCGAGCGUGCCUAGCACUAGCGUUUCUGGCACUACCAGCUCAAGUGUACCUGUCACAACCACAUCCAGCAUACAUACGACAACCACCCUAACAACAUCGAGGACUAUUACUGACUCGACUGCCACUGCUCCGGGGCCGACGACUUCACCAUCCACUACAGUAACAACCAGAACCACUUCCAGCUCUGUAGGUGUUACCACUAUUCCAGUGUCCACAACAUCAGCGGCUGCCACCGAUAUUUCGACUGUCACUAUCCCAAAUACCACUGUCACUCUCCCGGGAACAAUACUUCCAGGGACCACAGUCACGACAAUCAUUACUGAGACUGCCACUGUAUCAAGUGGUAGUAGCACUUUACCCGGGUCCACCGGUACCACAACUGUCACAAGUCCAGAAAGUACAGUGAUCAGUGAUUCAACGAUCAUUAUUGGCACUAUCACUAUCCCAGUUUCGCAAACAACCAAAACAAUCACUCGUACUCUCACCGUUACCGGGUCUAGUGCGACAUCGACCCAGAGCCCUAGCAGCGCUACGUCGGUGCCUGCCUCUGUAUGCUCCAGUCUCAUCAGUAAUCCAUCUUACACACCCCCCGCCGUGUUGCCAGAUGACUAUACCUGGGGCUGCGCACCCGGAUAUCUCUGCAAGCCCGGUCAUGCAGGUGACCGCUCGAAUUGCAAUAUUGAAGCAGGUCUUCCCGACCCCGGAUACGUCUGCAGUCCCUCAGACUGCAUUGUGGCUCCGCCUUUAGACGUUCAUCCGUCUUGGCAGUACAAUGUCUCGAACAUUUAUUACAACCUCAAUCCGGAGGACUUCGGUCUCAAUUAUUCUAUCUUCGAAGACCCACUGGCAGCCAACAAUAAGCGCGACAUGUCGUUGUGGGAUUUCGCUGUCGCCCAAAGGAUCAAGAGGGCCGACAUAACGAACAUCCCUACAGUCUGUUACAAUGAUUGCCUCGAUGCUGCACAUGAGCCUCAAAUGCUUGGAAAGACACCUGAGCUCUGCAAGAGUGACUCGGCGUUCAUGGAAAACUUGGAUAUUUGCGAGGAGUGCAUUACCAACAACGCUGAAUCCGGCUCUGAUCAAUAUUCAUCCAUAAUGCUGCCGACUUUUGCACAGUGGCUGAAUUUCUGCUCCGAUAUGGUCACUUCCACAACAGCACAAAGUGUGACCAGUACUCAGAUGGACACUACGGCGACGAGCACCCAGAUUACCGCUGCUACCAGCACGGAAACAUCGACAGCAGCCACGGUCACGAGUACUCAGGCUAGCAGCGCUGAAGCUAGCAGCACUGAAGCUACCACCACCGAAUCGGCGACCACUGAAUCGGCGACCACUGAACCGACCAGCACCGAAUCGACCAGCACUGAACCGACCAGCACUGAACCGACCAGCACUGAACCGACGAGCACUGAAUCAACGAGCACUGAAUCGACGAGCACUGAAUCGACGAGCACUGAAGCGGCGAGCACUGAAGCUACCAGCAUUAAACCGACCAGCAUUGAACCAACGAGCACUGGAAACACAGGAAAUGAAAACACGAGCACCGAGCCCACAAAUACCGAGACAACGAGCACUCAGUCCGACACUGCUACCACCGGGACCGAGCAAAUAUCCAGCCCAGAGACAACUCAACCAGUCACUCUCAUCGCCAUCUCAGCUUCCGGUUCAAUUGUGACCACCUCGGUAUCUGGUUCGCUUGUGACAACUUCUUUCUCUGGGUCUUUUGUGACAAUCUCAACAUCCGGUUCCCUCGUGACAAGCUUAGUCCCUGGAUCGAUCGCGACAACAUCAGUAUCUGGCGUGCUUAUCACAGCAUCCUUGCCCGGUUCGAUCAAGACCGUAUCAAGCACUCUAGGGACAGAGACUGGCAGUGAAAGCACAUCUGACAAUGCUGCCAGUAGUCCGUCGGGCUCGGUUCAGACGAGUCAGACGAGUCAGACUGAUUCGGCAACGACCUCUACCUUUUCCCCGGCCUACAAUUCGGCAGGAUCUUGGAAUAUCCCUAGUGUUGGCUUAAUUGGUCUCUUGUGGACUGCUCUUGUGCCACUCCUCUAG